AAAGCAGCUUUAACUGCUAGACUGGAGGAAAAGCCAGCGAUGGCUUCGCUCAGACAAGAGCACCACUAUGGGCUCUCCUGUGGAAAAAAUAACAAAAACAGCCCUAACAGGACGCUGUACCAUGUCAAGCUCACGGACACGGCUAUCCGAGCUUUGGAGGCUUACCAGAACCUCAAGGGAUCUUUACCAUGUGAACCAUCCAUUUGUUUCAAAGGAAAUCAAGGGUACAUCAAGAUUCCAGCUCCCACACCAGAGUCACCUUCUGCUCUUCGUGUCUUCUCCUUUUACUUAUCAAGUGACAGCAAAGACCAGCCUCAAGCCAGCUUCGACUGCAUCCAUCAAUAUGUUUCGAGUGAUGGUCGCGAGCAACUGGAAGGUCAGGGUAUCAUCCAGGACAAGAUCACAGUGUGUGCCACAGACGACUCCUACCAGAUGACCCGGGAGAGGAUGUCUCAGGUAGAGAAGGAUAGCUGGAGCCGCUCUGCCAUUGAGAUCAAACCUGGAGCCACACAUCCAAGUCGAUCUGUUAAGUUCCAUAAGAGGCCAGUUCCUCUGGCUGCAUCAGACAGCAGCUUCUUCAAACAGUCGACCAACAACCGACGGAACAGUGGAACAGCCACGCCAUCCCAGAAGCCCCUGAGGGAGCGAAUAGUCCACCUGCUGGCUCUCAAGCCCUACAGGAAACCAGAGCUGCUACUGUGGUUGGAACGAGAAAGAUCUAGCCCUAAAGACAAGGCUGAUCUAGGUGCCAUACUGGAGGAGGUGGCAAAGGUGAAUCCCAAAGACAGCAGCUAUCUUCUGCGGGAUGACUUCUACAAGCAUGUGCAGAGGGACUGGCCAGGCUACAGUGAUGAGGAGAGGCAGCUAAUCAGCAGGCUGCUGACCAGGAAGCUGCAGCCACAUAUCAGCAACCAAUCAAGGAACGUUCAAGCAAACACAUCAGUACAAAGAACCCCAGAGGAUACAACACUGCAUCACAGCACAACAAAAAGUCCUACAAUGAAACGCCCCGUGCCUUUUGACUCACUGGAGAAACUAGACAUCAAGAGACAAAAAGUUGUGGAUCAGGGGCUGCUACAGCGACCUAAUGCACACGGACCUUUGAACAAUAAAGUAGGACAAGACAAUGCAACCCCUACUCUCAUCCCUAGUUUCCACACGAAGACUGAGUUUCAAAGGACAUGUAACCAUACUGGAGGCAAAAAUGGUUUACCGGGAGCCCCAAAUGGUUUUCCACAUAUGCACAAACUAUCAAGCACCUCCACCACACCUGGGGAGAAAGAAUCCAAAGUCCACCAGAUACCACAGAGCGACUCUGACUGCACUCACCAGCUGCUUGCCAACAGCCAACACAAAAAAAAGAAAUCUAAAAAGCACAAAGACAAGGAACGGGAGAGGUUAAAAGACAACCAGGGCAGCGAGUGGAUGGAGAGAAGUCCUGAUCUCAAGAAAAACAGAGACAAACUUGACAAUCCUGACAACACAAAAGCUGCGGCCUCUGAGGAGAAGCCAGAUUAUGUGGUUAUGUACGGCACCAUAAUGAACUUGGAGCAGCGACAGAGGUACCAGGAGGAUUUCUGUGCAGAGUAUGAUGAAUACAAAGACCUCCAUUCCAGGAUAGCCACCAUAACUCAGAUGUUUGUUCAACUCGGAUCUAAGAUCAAAAACCUGUCCCCUGGCACUAAAGAAUAUAAGAUAAUGGAAGACCAAAUACUGGAAAAGUACAACAAGUACCGAAAGAAGUUUCCAGGCUACCGGGAAGAGAAGAAACGGUGUGAAUAUCUCCAUGAGAAACUGUCCUACAUCAAGCAGCUCAUCAUAGACUAUGAUGUUUCUCAGGCUUCUUCAUAGUGUUGGCAUUUUUUUUACAUGGAAGCCUUGAAGCAGCUCAGGCGUCGGAGCGUUUUUUUUUUACAUGAGACUGAUAACAAAAGUCUUGGAUGAAUGAAACUUUAGGACUUAUGGCUUUGGCCGGGACUAUGGACGAAGCCACGGUCAUCGCUGAUUACAAGUCAAACGCAGAUUUCUCUGUGGUAUUUGCGAGUCUGUUUGUUUUGGAGUUUCACUUUAUCAUUUAACAAUGUCUUGUGUGUGUGAAAUUUGCAAAGUGGGAGCAAAAAGUCUUGCAUACAUCCUGACACUAACAAGACAUGAACAAUGACGUGAUCUUGGAAUCUGUGCACAUCGUGAAACCGUGACCGACAGAUCACAGACUAGUUUUGUUACAGCCAGUGUCGGUGUGUGUUGACGUCAAAGGUAGCAAAUACAACUUUUCACAUUCACUUUGUUUUGGACUGUUUCAAAGUACUUUCAAGGCAAUGUAUUCUUUCAUUUUAUUUAAUUUAAGGGUCCUAAUAUGCAGCAUAAAAUAUUAUUCCAUAUCAGAGUUGCUUUAUUGAUGAUACAUGAUAGCACAUAAAAACAAUAUUAAGUUUUUUUUUUCCCCCUGCAGCCUUCAUGUCUUAUUAUGUGAAUGGGGUGAGAUUAUUUAUCAUGAAGCAAGACUACUGCUGUGUCCUUGACAUAUACCAUACACUACAACUCACUAUAUAUUUCUACAAUAAUUAUUUUUUCCUUUAAGCAUAAAAGAGCAAUGCACUAAAAACCUAAUUUGGAUUUGGGACAGUAAACAGGUUUAGGAAACUGGAAAAGCUUCCUGAAUCAUGACUGUUGAUUUUAAGGGUAAUGUUACAUCAAUUUUGCAUUGAAAAUGAUGUGGUGGCAUCUCGCUUCCUGGCAAAAAGUAUCAUUCUCUGAUUUAAUUAAAUGGGCAGCCCUAAUGAAAGCAGCUUAAGUAAACAGUCCAGCAACUGGAAAUUAUUUAACUGGUUGUAUAUGUUAAGAGCUGCAGGUUUCAUGUUGAAAUCGCUGCAGUAUGAUGAGGAAUAUAUCCCAAAUGCACUUUGUAAAGUAUUUAUUACCCUCUUUUCUUUUAAUGACAGGCAAAGGGACCACAAAGCCUAGCAACAGUGGCUAAUUUGGUAUGAAGAGUCAUUUUUCCUCCACAAAACCAUGACAGACAUUGUUAAUUUGCCCUCCUUGUACUGGCGCCAAGGCUUGUUUCAAGUAUUUUUAUCAUGA